AAGAGGAAGGAAGUGGAUGACGAGUGCACACGUGGGAGCCAUGUCGUCUUCUACAUGUUUCUCUUCACUUUCUCGACCUCUUCGACCUUCUUUCACCAAAACCAAAUCAUCACCAAUACGAGGUUUUUUGACACACUGCCAAUCAUUACUCAACACAAUUUUAAGGAAUGACAAUGUAUUUGUAGUUUGUGACAACUUUGUUGAUUACAAUGGAAUUGCCCUUUCGAAAAUGUUUUUGGUGUCCCUCAAUAAUUGAAAUUGCCCUUUUACCUUUGCCAUAUAGUUGAUUUUAAUUCUUGUUCUUUUUGUUAUGGCUUUUGUGAAAAGGGUAUGGAGACUGAUGAAAACUCAGUCUAACAAAUUAUAAUGACUGUGUGGCAGCUUUUGUGCUAUGACUUUGCAAAAUUUGUACCCUGGUUUGAGUAAUUUAAUGCCAUUUAGAUAUAUCUUGAUGAAAAAUAACAGUGGUUUCUGAGCUUAUAGUUCUUUAUUAGAGUUCAGCAUGAGCAUGAGCAUGAGCAAAGAUCCGGUUCGUGAGUGGAUUCUUUCUGAAGGGAAAGCUACGGAGAUAACCAAAAUUAGCCCUGUUGGUGGGGUUGUAUCAAUCUUGCUUGUCGCUUCGAUACCAAUGCUGGUUUAUUCUUUAUUAAAACAAAUAGGAGUAUUGGACCAUCCAUUUUUUUUUUUGGCUCAGCAUAUUGGACCAUCCAUGUUUGAAGCAGAGGCUCUUGGUUUAGGAGCUAUGUAUGAAACCGGGACUAUCCGUGUACCUAAGCCCUAUAAGGUUGGAUUGCUACCUACUGGUGGUUCUUUCAUCAUUAUGGAAUUCAUACAAUUUGGUGCCUCCAGAGGCUAUCAGUCUGAUUUAGGGAGGAAGCUUGCUGAAAUGCAUAAAGCUGGAAAAUCUAGUAAAGGGUUUGGUUUCGAUGUUGAUAACACCAUUGGGAGGACAGAGACUGGUGAAAAGCAUGGGGCCCCUGUUUGCCAAUGUGGUGAUAGAACCAUGCUUACUACAUGGAGACCUCUGGAGUGGAAACAUCAGUUCUGACAUAAAUGGAGAGCCUAUCAUAUUGGACCCUGCAUGUUAUUGUGAUGCCUAAACAGCCAGGCUUUGAGAGGAGAGACCUUUAUAUGCUGUAUCACUAUUUAAAUCAUUAUAAUCUCUUUGGUUCCGGAUACCGGUCUUCAGCCAUGCCUAUAAUUGAUGAUUAUCUUGCGUUUUUAAAAGCUUAGGAUUGCGUGCAUUAUCAUCAAGCUUGUAGAGGAAUGAGGUUCUUUUCCAGUACACUGAACUACUUACAUUUCCCUAAUGAGCUCAUUCAAUGAAAUGGAAGCGUUAUACCAAUGCCAAAGUUAUCUUGUUUGGUUCAAUUUCCCUUCUUUUUGAUGGUGAAGAAAACAUCAGGGGGAAGAGGGGUUGAAUCAAGUUACCACCAACAACUUUGGCAAAAUUUUGGGUAGAAAUGAGUUAGCCCAGAAUUUAAACCAGAAACCAAAAGACCGCAUCAGAAAACAUUCACACAGCUAUUCAAACGCACAUUUGAGCAAUAGAGGGUAGACUUCAUCUUGAGGAAUUACCACUAGUUAAAUGUAGUUAAAUGUACCAUUGUACCUUAUAAUUAUAAAGUCUUCUUUAGCAUAAGAAACAGCAAACCGAAAAGGUAUUUAAAUUGGCUUUAGAGUGUGUUUGGAUAAGGCAAUUUAAAAUUCUAAAAAGAAUUUUAAAUUCUGAGAAUUUCAAAUGCUUCAAUUUAAAUUCCUUUAUUUUUAAAA